AUGGCGGCGGCGGCGGCGCAGCUGCACGGAUCGGCUGCCGCCACGGCGGCAUAUCGCCGCACUCGAGCCUACUCAGUUCCAUCCUCAUGCCGGUGGCGGCAGAGCCUUCUAGCUGGUUCCCCGAAGCUUUCGAUUUCUACAGGUGGAGUUUGUACGAAUCCAUUUGGUUUUUCUGCUAAACUUUCAACAAAAUGUGCCAAUGAGAAUGCUCGAGUUGAAGAGUUAGAUUUGCAAUCAGACCAGAUGAAGGAAUUACAGGUGGAGCAGCAUGUUAUUCCUCAGAAGAGGAGUGCUAAAAUCCAUGACUUUUGCCUUGGGAUCCCUUUUGGUGGUCUUUUAUUCUUUAUGGGGCUUCUAGGAUACAUCUUCUCCAGAAGCACCAUAAGUCUUGUCUUGGGUAUUGCACCAGGACUUGCCACUCUGCUACUUGGUAUUCUCAGUCUAAAGUUUUGGAGGAGCGGCAGAUCCAGCUUCCUGCUUAUCUUGGCCCAAGCAGCAAUUUCUGCUUUCCUGGCAUGGAAGUACUCUCAUGCUUACUUCUUGACAAAUAGACUCCUUCCUUGGGGCUUCUACGCUUCACUGAGGUUCCUUAUGAAGCUGAACAAUGAGACGGUCACCAUCGAGCUCAAGAACGGCACGGUUGUACACGGUACCAUCACCGGUGUUGACAUAAGCAUGAACACUCAUCUGAAGACAGUGAAGCUUACACUGAAAGGGAAGAACCCUGUAACACUUGACCACCUUAGCGUGCGAGGAAACAACAUUCGCUAUUACAUUCUUCCUGACAGCUUAAACUUGGAAACUUUGCUGGUAGAGGAAACCCCUAGGGUCAAGCCUAAGAAGCCAACUACAGGAAAGCCCUUGGGGCGUGGUCGCGGCCGUGGUCGUGGACGUGGUCGGGGCCGGGGGCCGCGCUGA